AGUUCUGGUCGGACUCUAGUUCUGAUAGAGGUAGUGGGAGUACUCAAGGGUCGACCAGAGAGGAGGGAAGGAGCGACAGGCGCACUAGUACAGAACCAAACGCCGUACAAUUACUAUCCAACGGACUAAUACGUCGGCAGAUGGUAUUGCGCGCGCGCGCGCAGAAAUGUACACCGGUUCCUUACUCGUCCCUAGCCUCCUAUACACAAGGCAGCACGAACAUUCUUUCUCAGAGUAACUUUUAACUGUCCCCUGCUGCUCGCAGUGAAACUUGCUCGUAGCGUCUCGACGUCCUGACCUGUUCCGACCAGGACGUUACUGAAUUACGUGAAGCUGUCGUACGUCUCGUCGUCAAGGUGUCCGAACCUUCAGCAACACAAGUUCCGCGAGUCCUCGGCACGACUGGAUCAUCCGUCAUUACUAAUAGCUAAGAAACGCGCUUUUAUGCCUACAAAACGAUAUCCGCGACGUGUUGGUGAACGGAGGACAGUACGAUCUCUGCCGAAAGUGUACAAGUGUUAGCCUAUGAUGGUUGCCAAACGCGUUUUUCGUAACUCAAUGUGAUGGGAACGCGGCAGAAGCGACUACGACUCCUGCAAUCAAGGAUUCAACUUUCUACCGGGUACGACGACGACGACGGGAAUUAACUCUCUUGGAUCCUCAUUGAUCAACUAGGAAUACACUUGGCUCUCCAAUCUGAGGAGCCUGGUCCGAGGAGAGAACUUGACGAGGAUCUAGUCGAGAGGAUGAAGAAGCCAGUUUGCACGUGAUCGAGAGGAGCUUUCCCUUGGCGGUGGCGACUAUCGGCGAAGACCUGAAGAUCAGAGCGACGCAGGGUGUCGGCAUCAGUAAGAUAAAGCACGUGAUGAAGUCUCUUGAAGAAGUUAGGAGUCGACUGACAGUUUCAUUUUAAGUGAGAAAAAGAAGAUCAAAGAAGUACGAGGUGAAGGAACGUCGCCGUCGCCGUCGCCAUCGCCAUAGUCAUUGUUAUUGUCGUGGUGUCCUCGAGGCCUGGAAUAUCGAUAAAAACCAAGGAACUCCUGCUGUAGAGUCAUCAGGAUGAACAUGAUUGGGAUUGCUAGACGCAACUGGGCUCUGAGGCUCUCAGUGGUCCUCAAUGUCUGCGUCCUGCUCUACGUCUGUGCGCACUUUGGCUCCUCCGGACCCUGGAUCGAGGAACCACCGACGAAUUGGGGCACGCCAUUGUCAGAGGCUUUUGGGGCGCCCGAAAAUUUUAAUGGUACACAGAGACAGUCAUCUUCGUCCUCGUCAUCUUCUGGGUACUCGGCCUCGCCGCUAUUCUCCAAUCUAAAGCUGGUCAAACAGUCCGUUAAGGAGAGCCUGGAGAACAAACCUGCUACUGUGCUCAAUUCCACUUCCAUAAACUCCGCUACCAGAAUCGAGGAAGGUCCAUUUUCUACGCAGAAAGUGCAGGAUCAUUCUCAGACAAGAAGUAAUGGUACAGAUGGUGCUAGCUCGCCAGCCAUGACUCUAAAGGAUGCAAUACCUUGUAACGAUAAAUCGAGCGAACCCAAGACCGCUCAACGUGGCGACUACUGGGUCCUUUAUAACUACGUACCGAUGAGCAUGUCCGUGCGUUGCUGGGAGACCGUGACCUAUACGACUCAGGCGGAUUACACCUUCCUGGAUAACGUCGAACCACUGCUAGAAAGAUGGCGAGCACCUAUCUCGAUAGCAAUGCACGCACCAGGUUCUGACUUUCCGUCCACCAUAGAGGCUAUUAAGUAUCUUCGAAGUUGCGGCAGUCCCCUGAUCUCGCAACUAGUCACAUUUCACAUCUACUUCAGUAGCAAACACGUACCCAAGGCGGUGCCAUCUACGGAAAAAAUUAUUUCUGAUACAUACAAUUGCUCUCUUGGUCCGCCCUGGGUUAAUGUCAGCGUCGCCAAGAUGUAUAAGACCGAGAAGAAGCUCUUGUACCCAGUGAACGUGGGACGCAACAUCGCCAGAGAAUCUGCGCCGACUUACUAUGUGUUUGCGAGUGACAUUGAACUUUAUCCUAGUCCUAACCUGGCCCCCAAAUUCUUGGAGAUGAUUAGAAAGAGAGAUCAGCUGACCCUGUACAAAUCUAAUCCCAAGGUCUUUGUUCUCUCUAUAUUUGAAGUGGAUGAGAAAAGUCAGCCACCAGUCAAUAAGACGCAGUUGAUACAAAUGCUCAAAGCAGGAACGGCCAUUCCAUUUCAUAAAAAACUCUGCUCAGGAUGUCAUAACGUGCCACGUAGUAAAGAAUGGCAGGAAGCUGUGGAAACGGAAGGUCUACACGUCUUCCAUGUUGGCAAGAGAACCGGUAGCUUCGUGCACUGGGAGCCCAUCUUCAUAGGCACGAAUAACGAUCCCUUGUACGACGAGAGAUUGAGUUGGGAAGGGAAAAGUGAUAAAAUGACUCAGGGUUACGCACUCUGUGUACUCGAUUACGACUUCCUUAUACUGGACAAUGCCUUUCUGGUACAUCGCCCAGGCAUAAAGAUAUUCAAGAAAGACUCCUACCGCGACAUGCUCACGAGCAAGACGAAUGCCCUCAUAAAGAAGAUUAUCUUUCCGGAGUUAAAAGUCCUCUACGGGACCAGGAAGGGUUGUGCUGUGUAGCCAAGCGCGUCCCGGCUCACGGGUAAUUAUGUUCAUCGGCUAUCCCGGUGCCCGGUGUCAUCAUUUCACCAAACCCAAGUCGCCAGUGCUUCACGUUUCGUACCCCCGCAACAUUCAUGGUAUUCCACAAUAUCAAUCUCUCGGGGUCGUACGUUAUCCCGAGGGAGAUCGAAUAACGUCAAUGGGGACGAUACACGCGAUGGGACUUCAGCGCGAUCAAGGCCAUCUGGUGGCUAAAACUUGGGACUACCGUUAUACGCUUUAAUAUUCAAAGAUAAGGGCGUAUCGUGAAAAUAAGGGAAAGAGCGAACUCCUCGUGCCACAGUUCCUAAGUUUUCUACAAUGCCUUUAACGCGUCUUGACUUAACCAGGAUUACUUCCAAGUUGAUAUCCUCGUGGAGGAUGCGCUCGACUCAUGGAUUAAAUCCUUCAUCCUCUUACGACGAGGGCAUAGCCGACUUUUCAUCUCUUGAAACCUUUGUCAAUUUUAUUCAUUUCUUCUCGUCACCUGCCCGUGACCAAUUACAUUUUUAUUUAAUCAUUUUAAUCAGCUUCGGGUGAUCGGUAGACGUCCGCUCGUGUCAGACGCGCUGCGAUUUCUUUAUCAGUUAACACUAAAUCGAUCUUCCACCUACGUCAAUUAAAUUAUCAAUUGCAGCAUGAAAAACUGCGCAUGCGUGGAAUGUCAUUUCGUUUCCUUACAUGCAGUGGCUUUUCUCAUUUUUGUUCAGAAUUUCGGGUGUCGGGUUAAAUUAGGUAUUUGGUAUAGUAGGAGGUGGUAUCGAUUUUUUAAAAAGACCUUGCAGCGUCUCUACCGUGUCCGUGACUCGGUGCCAUAUAUUGGUAUACGUGAGAAUUUAGUUAAAACAAAAGACAACAAAAAAUACUUAUUUUUACGCUUACACGUUCUUAUAAUCUCGCAUAUUCCCAUUAUUGUUAUCGUCACGCGUUCCCCCUCUAGUUUGUAAAUAAUUUGUUAACUUUGUCAGAUUGGGACAGAAGCUGGAUUUUCGUGGUCCCGUUUAUAUUUUCGAUGAAAAAGUGACAAAAGUGAACUUAGAAAAUAAAAAAAAAAACUGCACAAAAUCUCGUACAAGCCGCCGAAGAGAUAAUUGCCGUUUCUAUUAAAGCGACAAUUUUUCUCGUUCUAGAACAUUCGCGCGUUUUCAACGACCAAAGAGACGACUAAGUAGAAUAAAUAUGGUAAACCAAUGGAAUGCAAUGCUGAAGUAUGAAAACUAGAUAACAAAAGAAAAACAUACAGGUAUCUAUCGCGUGUCGAUCGAUGUAACGCCGAGUGGCAAAAAAGAAAACAGUCGCGCCGAUUAGGCCGUUUCGCGGAAUCCGCACAACUUCCGAUCAGUUGACGUGAGAGAAUUUUAAAAAACGAGAAAAAAUGUGUUAAACGCUGUAAAUACAUAAUGUGCUAUAUGUGUCCGUAUUACACCAAUUAAACUAAUUGCGAAAUACGCGUGCGGCAUUACGAGUGCUCGACAUACUUAAAAAGGAACAUAGUUUCCCGAAUAACCAUUAGAGCUCGUUUACUGCGUUACGUUAUUCGUGAUAAUAUAAAACAGAGACAGAGUGGUAAGGGGAGUGAAUGCAAGAGAGAGAGAGAGAGAGAAAGAGAGAGAGAGAGAGAGAGAGAGAGAAUUGUCUAAUAUAUCCGGGUUUUAGUCUAAGAAGAGCGUUUAAGGACAGAAAAAAUAAGCUAAGAGAUUAUUGAAAAACGCAAAACACGUGCGCAUCGACAAGCUGCGUCCCGACGCGAAUCUAAUGUUACAUAUAAUAUAUAAUACACACAUGCACAUAUACAUAUAUUUUUGGUAUCACCGCAGCCCCCCAAACCAACACCCGCGGCCCUCCACCCCCAAACAAUCUUAGGAGACUCGGAGGAACGUCUCGUUGUAAUGUCAUCCUUCAAAGGAAUUUAUAAAGUACGACUUUUUUGCUAUAAGUAUUAAAAAAAAAAAGAAAAAGAAAAAGAGUAAAAGUAUCGUCAAAGAAUGCACAAAUUGAGUCUGCGAACGGAAGUGGUAUGGUUGCGGGCGCAUCUGUCGUAUUUAAAUUUAACGAAAUCAGAAAAUCGCGAAUCCUGUCAAUAUCAGGAUUUGGAACUCUCUGCAUCCCGUUAGACUUUCUCAACGUACUCGAAGAAUUCCUUCCAGAAGAAUCCCUUAAUGCCUUUUGAUUUAUCGGGAUUGUGCAGUCGCGCGUGAUGGAAACUAUUCGUACACAAAAAAAAUAUAUAUAUAUUCUGUGCCUUAUUGCAUUCUAUCUCUGUGUAAAGUCAAUUGGACCAAACCGGAGGAAAACCAGUAAGAAUUUCGCAUGUUUGAGAAACUGUGCUCAUUAGAAUGGACACACGUUUUGACUGACCUUUCGAAAUCUUACAAUUUUCACCUUUGACCCUGCUUCUGUCCUUCAAUCCUUGUACGUGUUCCCAAGGACCGAUCCUUAUUAUUUGCUCUUCCCACUUGUACACCAUCUCUCCUGCUCUUUCCUAUUUCCUUUAUCCUGUUUCCUUGUAAGAUUUGCAGUAUAUUAGCAUAGGUUUAGCUCGUAAGAAAAACAUAAGAAGAAAUAAAUGAACAAAACAAUACGCACCCACGGGUGGGUAAUAUUAGCGCAUGUUGCUCAUUGAUUGAUGUAUUAUUAUUCCUAUUGUUGUUUGUGCAUCAUCGAUUAUUAUUAUUAUUAACAAUGUGACUGUGGGAGAGUUAAAAGUGUGUCUGCCGUGAACAAAUGAAUGAACGAUUGUGUGAAUAUUUACAAAUAGGAACGACUUUGCGGAGUACUAGGCGAGAAGCAAAUUGUAAAUAUAGUUAGAAUACAGAACGUGUACGUGAGAAAGCGAGUGCGCAUGCGCGUCGCCGAGUUAACAUUUUUCACCUUUUAUUGUACCGCAAUACAUAGGACACGCAUAAAUAAAUAAAUAUAUAUAUAGCUACGUCCUUGAGCCGUAUGCUGUAUAUAUGAAUAAAAGGAAUUUCAAAA